UUGUUGAUUUUUUGUUUUAAUGUGACAAUUUAAAUUGUCUCUACUUUGUCAAUCUUAAAUUAGUUAAAAUUUAAUUUUCUAAUUGUUACCGUUCAAGUUUCCAACUGACCAAACAAUAAUUCAUCCUGGAGAGACAAAAGUUAAAUUAUGACAUCAAUGUUUCUCAGCACUUUAACACCGAAAUUCUAUGUUGCCCUUACUGGAACCUCAUCACUCAUCUCUGGACUCAUCUUGAUUUUUGAAUGGUGGUAUUUCCGUAAAUAUGGUACAUCGUUUAUUGAACAAGUUUCACUUAAUCAUAUUUCUCCGUGGCUUGGCAGUGGUGAGACAAAUGCCGAAGCGACCCCCAAUUCCAAUGGAAACAAUUCUUCAAAUAGUUCAAAUAGCUCGAGUCAACUUUCACUGGAAUGUAAAGUUUGGCGUAAUCCGUUGAACUUAUUUAGAGGAGCUGAAUACAAUAGAUAUGCCAAAGCCACUCGAAAGGAGCCAUUAACUUACUACGAUAUGAAUCUUUCCGCACAAGAUCAUCAAACAUUUUUCACAUGUGAAUCUGACUCAGCCAUGCAAACAGCUUGGAGAGAAAGAGACCCUAAAGCUCGUGUCAAAGCCGCUCGUGAGGCGGUUGAUAAAAAUCCUGAAUGUGCAACAGCGUUAAUCUUACUUGCUGAAGAGGAAGCUCCAACCAUAACGGAAGCGGAGAAAAUUUUAAAACAAGCAUUAAAAGUGGCCGAGACCAAUUAUCGUAAAAGUCAACAGUUUCACCAUCAAAGCUCAACCUAUGAAACAAUCCACCGUCGUGAUACCAAUGUACUUAUUUAUAUACGUCGUCGUUUAGCCAUGUGUGCCCGUAAAUUGGGUAAACUAAAAGAAGCAACCAAAAUGAUGAGAGAUUUAAUCAAAGAGUUCCCUAUGAUGAAUGUAUUCAAUAUCCAUGAGAAUUUAAUUGAAGCCCUAUUGGAAAUGCAAGCUUAUGCUGAUGUACAAGCUGUUCUUGCAAAAUAUGAUGAUAUUAAUUUACCCAAAUCAGCUUCAAUCUGUUAUACAGCAGCACUUUUAAAGGCACGAGGAGUGAGCGAGAAAUUUUCACCCGAUUUGGCCUCUAAACGGGGCUUAACAACGGCAGAGAUGCACGCAGUUGAAGCCAUUCAUCGAGCAGUUGAAUUUAAUCCCCAUGUACCUAAAUAUUUGUUGGAAAUGAAAAGUCUCAUCCUUCCCCCUGAACAUAUACUCAAACGUGGAGAUAGUGAAGCGGUGGCUUAUGCUUUUUUUCAUCUGGCUCAUUGGAAAAGAGUAGAAGGAGCUUUAAAUCUUCUCCAUUGUACUUGGGAAGGAACUUUUAGGAUGAUUCCAUACCCAUUAGAAAAAGGACAAUUAUUUUAUCCAUAUCCAACAUGCACAGAGACAACGGAUCGUGAAUUGUUACCAUCAUUUCAUGAUGUUUCAGUAUAUCCAAAGAAAGAAUUACCGUUCUUUAUACUUUUUACUGCUGGUUUGUGUUCCUUUACUGCAUUACUGGCACUGUUAACACACUCGUACCCAGAACCUAUGGGAGCUUUAGCGAAAAUCUUGAUAAGUUGGCUUUCCCUUCCGUUGGGAUUUUUCAUUGAAAAAUUGGAAACUUUAGUUCCCUCUAGUUUGUUCCAGCAACUUUCGAGGGUGUGAUCUAUUGUCACGAUUUACAUGAUAUCAAAUUUCUCUCUAAAUCUGUAACAUGAGAGUGAAAAAAGAGAGACGAGGAUAAGACAAUGAAAACAAAUCAAAAUUCUUGCAAAAAAAUAAUAAUUUUCAACAAAAAUUCAGAAUAUCCAUAAAUAGUUAAAGACAGUUGUAAGAGAAAAGAAAUAUAUAAAUUUAUAUUUACUAUAAUUAUCUAUUUACAUCAGAGAAAAACAAAUAUAUUGUUAACAAAAGUGGAAAAUGUCAAUCAAUUGUCUUGAUUUUCUCUCUUUUUUUGUUCUCUCUCAACAACUAACCUCUCUCUCUCUCUCUCUCUCUCUCUCUCUCUCUCUUUCGUUCUUUCUUUCUUUCUCUUUCUGUCCACCAAUAUUUUUGUUCUUCUUCCUGUUCUGUGCGAAAUGCCUUUGACACAGAGAAAAUGUUAGUUAAGCAUAUUGCUUAUUUUACUUUUCUCUGAUUUUGGACAAACAAUCAUCCAGAUUGUCAGUUUGUCUCCCUUAAACUCUCACCCACUUUGAAAAGCUACAAGAAACAAAUCAAAUUCUGUAACUAAAUUAAUUUAUUGUCAAUAAUCGGUGUAAUACUCUCUCUCUCUCA